GGAGGUCUCGGUCUGGUGGGACUGGGAAGCCCCUUGCGCCUCUGGGAGUGGGAGUCCAGCACCGAGCACCUGCCGCCGGCAAGGACACCUCGUCUAACAGGAACCCAGCGACAGUUGCCGUGGAGACAGCGGGCGCGGCCCUGCGCCUGCGCCUGCGCAAGAGCGGCGCGGACUAAUGACGCACGGCGCGGGCUCGGGCAAGCUGGCUGGGCCGUUGGAGUCCUGAUGGAGCGGGAGGUGUUACUUCGGAAGGUGUCGCUGUUACAGGCCUGCGUCCGGGGCUUCUUGGUCCGACGCCAAUUCCAGAGGCUGCGAGCCGAGUAUGAGACGAUUGUAGGAGAGAUUGAGGGAGACCUGGGCCCGCUUCAGUGGACUGAGGGCCGCAUGCCAAGGCCCAAAUUUCUCCCACAGAAGGCGAAACCCCACGGGAACAGGGGAGCAGGAGGAAGGGCCGCAACUGCAAAGCCAGUGCCACCGAGAGCUGAGAGAAAGGCCAACUGGGCGGAGGAGCAAGGGGAGGCAGGAGAGCGCUCUGUUACUCCUCCUGACAGAGAUGACAACUCCUGGCCACAGGCUGAGCCGAGCCGGAAACCCAAAGGAAGGCAGACCAGAGACACCUUGUGGGAGGAGACCCCAGAAGCCACGUGCCCUGGGACACCCCAUGGGUCACCUGAAUUCCAGGAGCUGCAGUGCCACCGUAGCCACCUGGCCAUGGAGCUGCUGUGGAUUCAGCAAGCCAUCAAUAGCCGGAAGGAGUACUUAAUACUCAAACAAACCUUGAGCUCCCCUGAGGUGGACCAGACCAGAGAGCAGACCAGGACAUGCUCCAAUCCCGGGGGCCAGGCGUGUGGACAGAUGACAUCCCAGCCACCAGAGAAGCAGUCCUGCCAAGUCAGGAUCCCUAGAGAACCAAGCCACGUGGCUGACACCUGCCAGCGUGGGGGCAGGUCUCAGAGCUGCAGAUCCUCAGAGCGUACAGUAGCUACCGACCAGAACAGCGCUGAGGCCGAGAGCAGAGCACCGUGCUGCAUGAGUGCUGGCCCACACAGCCCAGCAAGACGGCACAGGCUCACCAAGGACCCAAGCCAAGGAGGACAGGCCGUGGAGGGGGGCUGUCUGCAGCAGGGGCAAAUCCUGGAGGAACAGACCACAGCAGUCCUCAAGCCUAGAGGAACCUGUUCCAGAAAGGCCAGGAUCCAGCUGCGUGAACUCUUUGAGGUCCCUGACGUGAAGGACAAGUGCCUCCAGUGGCUGGACCCCCAAGACUCUGACUGCCAAACAGGCAAGCCUCAGGCAUUGGGCCUCUCGGAGGACCCCAUCCUUUGGGAAAGGACGCCAGCAGGGCCAGAAUAUGGAAGCAAGGAUGUCAGAAGAGCUAAGCCAGCCAAGAGCCAGACCCCCAGGAAUGGAGCCUCCACAGAUCCUGAUGGCCAAGGGUGCAGCAGCCAGAGGCUCACGGCUGACCCGGUGUGGGCCUCAGCCUCCAGGUCGGGAAAGCCACAGGGGUGAGGUAGAUGGGCCACACCCUGUGCCUUUUCCCUUCUACCUGUGAGGUACUCUGGAGUUGCAGGGCCCAUUGCUUCCCUCCAUUGCUUCCUCUGCAGAAGCCACGUGCCCUGGGACACCCUAUGGGUCGCCUGAAUUCCAGGAGCUGCAGUGCCACCGUAGCCACCUGGUGGCCACCUCUGGUGCUCACGGCUGCCCGAGACCCUUCCUCCCACAGGAUCCAGCCACACCGGAGAGAACCAAUGGAGGAAUGGGCAGUGGAAGACAGGACCUGCGGGCUAAAUCCUGGGGAUCCGGGGGGCCCGAGUCCCAGAGGAGGAUGCUGGGAGAGGGGUGAGCAGUGCAGGGCCUUGUCCCCUGCCCUCCCUCCACACCUCACCCUGGCACUAGCUCUGAAUCCUGCCCUGUCUCAGGCCAUUGGCUGACUAGUGGGGCCAAGAGAAGCUGGAGCAGAGUUGGCAGGGGUAGAGAGAGGAGAGACAAGGGCCAGGGACAGCCCUUUGUCCCCUGCCUGGGUUCAACCACAUUUCAGGAUAAAGAGGCUUAUAGGGGAAGUGCAGUAGGGAAAUUGUUGGAGAAUAAAGGUUUUU